GCUGAGAGAUCCAUUUGAUAUUAGUGCACGGUUCGCUUCACUGCAACCACAACCCACAAAAAUCAGCUCCUCCACCUCUCCACUUCAAACCCUCAUCAUCUUCCUUGCUUCCUUCCCCCAUCACAAAGAGAUGGAUACGACACCGCCAACGACGGUGGGGGGACUGGGUAGAACGAAAUCAGAUGUAGUAGAGAGUGGUGGUGGCAGUAGCCUCUCCAGGAAGUUGAGCUUUGGGAAGCGCUUGGCAUCGCCGGGACAAGGCGGCGGGAAUAGCAGAAGCCAUUUAAGGAAGUCGAGGAGCGCACAGCUGAAGAUGGAUUCGGACGAGGUGAGCAGCAGCGCCGCCCUCAGUAGGGCGUCUAGUGCCAGCUUGGGCUUUUCCUUCUCCUUCACGGGUUUCACACUCCCACCCGAAGACAUUACAGAUUUUAACGUUUUCAGCGACGAUGAAAUCGUCCCGGAGGACAUCGAAGCUGGCACUCGCAAGAAGGUUCAUAUGGAGCCCACAUGGCCAAUUUAUCUCAAGUUCACAGAUGUGACAUACAAGGUUGUUCUUAAAGGUGUCAGGACAACAGUAGAGAAGGAUAUCUUAAAUGGGAUUACUGGUUCAGUGAAUCCAGGAGAAGUUUUAGCAUUAAUGGGACCAUCAGGGAGUGGAAAGACUACCCUUCUUAGUCUGCUUGGUGGAAGAUUAAGUGUACCUGCUCAAGGUGGUUCUAUUACUUACAAUGAUCAGCCAUAUUCCAAGUCCCUAAAACGCAGGAUAGGAUUCGUGACUCAAGACGACGUUCUAUUUCCUCACCUAACAGUGAGAGAAACAUUAACAUAUGCAGCUCUUCUGCGAUUGCCAAAAACACUGACAAGACAACAGAAAGAAGAACGAGCCAUGGAUGUCAUCUAUGAGCUUGGCUUGGAGAGGUGUCAAGACUCUAAGAUUGGAGGCUCUUUUGUGAGGGGAGUUUCAGGUGGUGAGAGGAAAAGAGUGUGUAUUGGCAGUGAAAUUCUAAUCAACCCUUCAGUUCUGUUUCUCGAUGAGCCAACCUCUGGCUUGGAUUCGACAACAGCUCUUAGGACUGUUAAGAUGUUACAUGACAUUGCUGAGGCUGGAAAAACAGUGGUGACUACAAUCCAUCAGCCAUCCAGCAGAUUGUUCCACAAGUUUGACAAAUUGAUCCUUCUUGGCAAAGGGAGCUUACUCUACUUCGGAAAAGCAUCAGAAGCAAUGGUUUAUUUCUCUUCCAUAGGAUGUUCCCCUCUCAUUGCCAUGAAUCCAGCGGAAUUCCUGCUAGAUCUAGCAAAUGGAAAUAUAAAUGAUGUUUCCAUACCAUCAGAAUUAGAGGAUAAAGUGCAUAUGGGAAAUGCAGAAACUGAAACAAGAAAUGGAAAGCCAUCUCCUACAGUGGUGCAUGAGUACCUUGUUGAGGCCUAUGAGACAAGGGUGGCAGAAAAUGAGAAGAAGAAACUCAUGGCGCCGAUUCCUAUCAAUGAAGAAUUCAAGUCAAAGGUAAUGAGAGAAUGGGGGGCAAGCUGGUGGGAACAGUACUGUAUCCUGUUUCAGAGAGGCCUCAAAGAAAGGCGGCAUGAUUACUUAAGCUGGUUGAGAAUCACCCAAGUUCUAGCGACAGCAAUUAUUUUAGGUUUGCUCUGGUGGCAGUCAGAUGGUACUACCCUGAAAGGACUCCAAGAUCAGGCAGGAUUGUUGUUCUACAUCUCUGUAUUUUGGGGCUUCUUUCCUGUUUUCACAGCAAUCUUCACAUUCCCUCAAGAGAGGGCCAUGAUAAACAAGGAACGAGCAGUAGACAUGUACAAACUAAGUGCAUAUUUUCUUGCUAGGACAACAAGUGAUCUGCCACUUGACCUUUUCCUACCUAUACUCUUCCUACUCGUCGUUUACUUCAUGGCAGGCUUGACAUUGAGUGUUGGCUCAUUCUUCCUAAGCAUGCUUACUGUGUUCCUUUGCAUUAUAGCAGCUCAGGGGCUCGGACUGGCUAUUGGUGCUAUGCUGAUGGAUGUAAAGAAGGCAACAACUCUGGCUUCUGUAACUGUGAUGACAUUUAUGUUGGCUGGUGGCUUUUUUGUCAAGAGAGUUCCAGUGUUUAUAUCAUGGAUCCGUUAUAUUUCUUUCAACUACCAUACCUACAGGCUUCUUCUAAAGGUGCAGUACGAUCAUAAAACUCCUGCCAUAUAUGGAAUGAAACUGGACAGUGGAAUUUCAGAAGUAGUUGCCUUGGUUACCAUGGUUUUCGGAUAUCGUAUUCUAGCAUACCUCUCAUUGCGGAGAAUGAAGCUCUGAUUUUGAGCUUCAAUGAGUUAGUAGGGCCAUGAUCAGAGUUAUUAUCAACAAUAUCACUUCUUUUCUCACAUUUUUGCUGCCCAGUGACUUUAUAGAAAAGAGUUGAGAGUGAGGAUAAGGGACACUUAAAAGAGGAACUUAUCCAACUCUGACAGGCUUUUUACUGAACAUGGGUGUAAAAUUGUAUCGGGAAACUAGAUAGCAUAUUAUUGGUUAUAAUAGACUCAUAUAGCCUAGGCAAGUCAUGAUAUGUCUUUUUGAAUGUAAAAAAUCCAUGAGGAUGUUUUGGGAUUGUCCCUCCACCCUUUCCCAAGAUUUGGUUCCUUCCA